GACGAUCGUCGCGAACGCCGACGCGCGAAUUUUCUCCGCUCGCACCGCACCCGCACACACGCCAAGCAUGCACGCCGCGAGCGCGCACGUCCACGCCGGCGCGGUCGCGCGCACCCCGUCCGCGGCGGCGGCGCGCCGAACGCCCGCGCGCCGCACCGCCGCGACGCGCGCGGUCAAGGCGCCGACGCUCGACAUCAACACGAAGAUUUUUGAAAAAGAAAUCGUCGACGUCGCGGGCGAGCAAGAGUACAUCGUGCGCGGCGGGCGACACUUGUUCGCGAAGCUGCCCGAAGCGCUGAAAGGGAUCAAGACGAUCGGGGUCAUCGGAUGGGGCUCGCAAGCGCCCGCGCAAGGGCAAAACUUCCGCGAUUCGCUCGUCGAGGCGGGGAUGACGGAUGUGAAGGUGUGCGUGGGGUUGCGACCGGAUUCAACGUCGAACGCGGAGGCGCGAGCUGUUGGAUUUAACGAGGCGGACGGGACGCUCGGGGAGACGUUCGACAUCAUCGCGAAGAGCGACUUGGUGAUGCUGUUGAUCUCCGAUGCGGCGCAAGCGAAGAUGUACCCGCGCAUUUUGGCGGCGAUGAAGCCGGGCUCGACGCUCGGGUUGUCUCACGGAUUCUUGCUCGGGGUGAUGAACUCUGAGGGGGCGAAGUUUCGCGACGACAUCAACGUCGUGCUCGUCGCGCCGAAGGGUAUGGGUCCGUCUGUUCGUCGAUUGUAUGAACAAGGUAAGACGACGAACGGGGCGGGCAUUAACGCUUCUUUCGCUGUGCACCAAGAUGCGACCGGUACCGCCACGGAAAUCGCCCUCGGCUGGUCCAUUGCCGUCGGCUCUCCGUUCACGUUCGCGACUACGCUCGAGAUGGAAUACCGCUCCGACAUCUACGGUGAGCGCGGUAUCUUGCUCGGUGGCGUCCACGGUAUCGUAGAGUCUUUGUUCCGCCGAUACACUCGCGCAGGCAUGUCCGAUGAAGAUGCCUUCAAGAACACCGUCGAGUGCAUCACCGGUCCGGUCACGAAGAUCAUCUCCACCAAGGGCAUCAAGGCAGUGUACGAAGCCGUCGAGGACAAGAAGACCUUCAUGGAAGCCUUCUCCGCGGCUUACAAGCCGUGCAAGGACAUCCACUACGAAUGCUACGAAGAAGUGCAAUCCACGAACGAAAUCCGAUCCGUCAUCAUGGCUGGCGAUCGCUUCGACCGCUUCCCGAUGGGUAAGAUCGACGAGACGUACAUGUGGAAGGUUGGCGCCGGCGUUCGCGCCAAGCGCGUCGAGAGCGAAAUCCCGCUCAACCCGUUCACCGCCGGUGUGUACUGCGCGUGCAUGAUGUCUCAAAUCGACACCCUCCGCGAAAAGGGUCACUCCUACUCCGAAGUGUGCAACGAGUCUGUCAUCGAAGCCGUUGACUCUCUCAACCCGUACAUGCACGCUCGCGGCGUCGCCUUCAUGGUUGACAACUGCUCUUUCACCGCCCGUCUCGGCGCGCGUAAGUGGGCCCCGCGUUACGACUACAUUCUCGACCAGCAAGCGUACACCGCGUACGACAAGAACGCCGGCAUCGAUUCCGAGGUUGAGUCCAAGUUUAUGAACAACCCGGCGCACAUCGCCAUCGCCAAGUGCUGCGAGCUCCGCCCGUCCGUGGACAUCUCCGUCUCUACCGAAGGUUCCGACGGUGUCGGUGGCGCGCGCAUGGAAAACAAGAUGGGUUAAACAUCUUUCCCGUCUCUUAUCGUUGCGAUCGUAGGGUGACUUCUAG